GGCUAGGGUUUUCCGCCACGGAUAAAUCGAAAGUAGGUUUUUCAGAAUCAAGAUAGUCACUGAUAGUACAGAUAAAAAGAUAUUUUUGGCAAGGAUAUGCUACUUGUGUUUUUACAACACAACUAUAGAAAUCGGCAUUAGGAUAACACAUUAGGAUAUCACAAUUAGAGGGGAAAAGGAAGCGGAAGGAAGGAAUGAUUCGAAAGAUAUGAAGUCUGAUUUAUACUGGAUAGCUGCAGUAUCAAGGAUCAAGGCUUGUCUGUGUUUGUAUUUAAAAUUGGGGUAACAGAAGAUGGGCCAAAGUCCUACCAAGGAGCCAGAUAAGACAGAGAGAGUAGAAACCAGAUCUAUGACAACAGAAAGACAAAGAAGCUCUGAUUAUUUCAUCAGAGAAUUGCAAAGUUCUCAAAUAAGUACUCCUAUAUCUCGCACCUCUGCAUCCAGCUCUGGAGAAGCAAAUUAUAAGAGAAGAUACUCUAUGGAAGACCAACAUUUGGAUCAGUUGUUGGUGGAGAAAACCAAAUACAAACCGAUUGAUGUCAAUCAAACAAGAGAACACAAAUUGAUCACUAGUGUACCUUUAGAUUUAUCAAGCCAUGAAAAAGGAAAAAGAGGAUCUAUGCUUGACAAAGCUGUAGACGUGAGACAGAAAAAAGUUGAAAGAGGUUCUGUGAACUCAAAAUACAGUGAUGCAGAUAAAUUAUCUUCAGCUAAGCAACUGAAUUUUAAACCAGAAGAACAUUCAAGUUUAUCCCAUUCUUCCACUAGUAACAAACAAUAUGUAUUUGAAAAAGGCACAGAUCUGAAGCAGAGAAGUAUUGCAAGUGUACCUCUAAUGAAAAGAACCCCUGUUUCAAGGUACACAACUGUUCCAGAUGAGACAAUGCACUUGAAACAAAACAAUGCAGACUUAUUGCAUUCUAAAGAACUGAAAUCAAAGACUAGUGGACCUUUAGCUGUAUCCAACAGUUCAACAGAUAGCAAAACUGUGCUUGACAAAAGCACAUGUUUAGAGCAGCAAAAGGCUACAAGACAAUAUACAGAGAAAAGGCUACACAUGCAAAGCAAUACACAUGUUUUAACACAAAAAAUGUAUCCCAGUCAAAGCAAGACUGAUUCAUUUCCUGCUCAUGAAGUAAAAGUAGAAAAUGAUGAACGUUUAGUCCUUCUCAACUUGUCUAAAAGGGAUCAACUUCAAGCAACAAACAGUAGCAGUGACAUUAUAAUAACAAAUGGAAAGGAAUACAAAAUGCCCCAUUAUUACAAAGAGGAAGAUUGUAAGCCAAAAAAUGAAAAAACUGAAGGACCAGCAGUUGAUAUGAAACUGGCAUCAAAAGUUGCAUGCAAAGAAAAACCUCCAGAGAAAAUUUUAAAGGACUUAACUAACCCUGGCAGUAUGAGCAAAGGAAAAACAGUUCUAGUCAUACCACCUGUGACUGGUACCUCAAAAAAUAUGUUGGAUACUACUAAGAAUAGGAAGAUAGUUGAAAAAGGUUAUGAAAAUAUGUUUUGGGCUGAAAAUAGCCAAAGAAAUGAAAGUAGAGAGGUUUCAGAUGUUUUGAAAAAAACUGAUUCACAAUUUUUUGAGAAAACAAAGGAAAUAAAAUGUUCUUUUGAUCCAACUCAAAGGUGUAUAGAUGGAUUAGACAGUAUAAGAGGAACCAGGCAAAGAAGUGAAGAUAAAGAUGACUGUGUAUUUUUAUUAAAUACACAUAUGAAGGAUCAGAAAGUGUCCGUUGACUCAUCAGGGCCAAAAACAAAAACUCUCUCAAAAAAAGAAAGUGACUUGAAGGAAAACCUUAAGAAUAUUUCCAACCAGCUAGAAGAUGUAGCAGUUACGAAAAUCAUUUUUCGUUCUGAAGGAAGCUCUGUAGUUGGGAAGGAGACAAAAAGACUACCUCUAAAAAUGUCGGAAGUUAAACAGGCGAAAUCACAAGGUAUAAAAGAUGAAAAAGGCAAAUCAGAAAACAGUGUAGAGUCUAGAACUAAUUACUCAACAACAAUUAGAAGUGAUCUUACCACCCUUAAAACAACAAACGGAGAAUCUAUAACAAUAAGGAGUAAAGAUAAUACAUGCCAGAUGCAGAAGCCAUUAAUGGUAAUGGAAAAGGAAGAAAAAAAUGCAGACAAGUGCAAUGUCGAUGACGGGGUCUCUGGUAUAAGUAAGGAUGAAAAAGAUUCAAAGACAGAAAAGUAUUAUCAUAGAAUUGGGACAACAAUAAGCGCAAGAAAAGUGACAAAAUAUGAAAUUGGAGAGCAUGUGAACACUAGCCCAAGAGUUCUUUGUAGAAAUGAAAUUGGUGGAAUUACUUCAUCUGAAAUGAGAGCUAAUCUGUUGGAUGAUCAGGAUCAAAAUAUCACUGUAAAAGAUUUGCGACAUGAAACCACUACAUAUGGAAAAGAUGAAAAAUGCCUUGGACUCUGUAACAUUCCAGAAAAUGUAAGAAGCAAUCAGUUCCAGCAAACAGCAAACAAACAAGAUAUCUGCAAAAAUACUGGUUCCUUAAAUGAAGGAUACCCCAAAUCGAAGUCCCAAGGAAAUAAUUCAGAAAAAAUGGAGGAACCUUUAAUAAAAAACACAAUAGUUGAAACCACAGAAUAUUCUGCUAUGAAAAAGGAAAAAAAUGAUAUUGCUGUAAAGAAUAAAAUAUCAAGUAUCACAACAAGUUAUGAGAAAUUUGAAGAAGUAAUGAAAUGUGAGCUUGACAUGUCGCGUUCUGGUAGGAGAGAUCUGAUAUCAAGCAACUAUGGACGUAAUCCUAGUCAACAAGAAAAAACAGGUUCUGAUAAUCGGGAAAAUCCAAACAUGAAAAGCAAGGAGUUUAAAAAAGUUAUCUGUGAUGCUGUGAAGAAACAGAAAGACUCUUUGACUGCUCAGAACGUAGAAUCAAAUACUAUUACGAAUAGCGCAGAGAUAAAGGAAAUAAAGAAACACGAGACGGAGCCUCCAGAAAGGAAGUCCAAACUGAGCAGCACGCCAAAGAAAGAUACAGUGAAAUUGCAUCAAAAUUGUAAUGAUCAACAAAUGACAGAUAGCAAAAAUAUUUCAAGUCAGAAGCAGCUUUUACCAGGAAAAAUUACAUGUGAAGAAGCCAUAGAAGUGGAAUCAAAUGUGAAAUGUGUCAAAUCCAAAGUAACUGAAAACCCAAGGAAUAUUUACAAAGAAAGCAGCAGAAAAAAUUCAACUAAAUCUAGAAGAAUGAAAAAAGAACUUUCAAGCGAAAAGAAAAUGGAUGGUAUGGUGCAGAGAAAUAUUCCAAAAGUUAAAACGCCAUUACCAAAAUUGCCACACUCUGCUGAUGAUGAAAGAUACAAGGGAGAGGAAAAGGAUUUUGUGACAUACACACUGACUGUUUGGAAGCACAUAAAGGAGGAAACGGAUUUCCUUGCUCAUCUUGUUGGUAUUGUCGCAGACAUACGAUUUCAAAUCAUUUCCCUAAAAAACGAUUCCAAGAAUGAUACAACUACUGCCAUGUUUCGUUUUAAAAGUAACGGAGAUGCGAAAAAAUUUCAGAGUUGUCUUAAAAGUAAUAAAGACAAUUUACCAUAUCGAUACCAUUUUCAAAGAGAAGGAUUGUCCACCAUGACAUUUAAAGUAAUAACCAAAAAGUCGCAGUAUAUUCAGGAAAGAACUUUAGAAGUUUUAGGAUCACAUCAAGAGAAACAGAGAGAUACUGAGAGAAAGUUAUCUGCGUUAAGCAGGGCUCCCAAGAAGAAAUUUAUUGAAUUAGCAGCUUAUGAGCAAAGGGAGGCACAAAAGAAAGCCUUUAGUGACAAACUAGAAGAACUGAAACGACAACAGACUGAGUUCCAGCUGUGCUUGUCUGAUGUAAUCCAACAGGUUGAAUCAUAUAAAGCUGGAAAUAUCGAACCAAAGAAAUUUGAUUCUGUAAUUAACAAAUUUGAAGUAGAGUGUUCGCGAUUAGAACAGGCAUUGCCAAUUUAUGCUAAAAGAACAGAAAUUAUCGACACAAUUCUUCAAAACCAAGUUUCAAUAAUAUUAGGAGAGACCGGAUCCGGAAAAAGUACACAAAUUACUCAGUACAUCUUAGAGUCUUCUAUUAGCUCUUCUGGAAAAGUCAUUUGUACGCAGCCUCGCAAAGUAGCAGCAAUGAGUCUUGCACAAAGAGUAGCGUCGGAAAUGAAAUCAAACGUAGGUGAUCUUGUUGGAUAUCAAGUUGGUAUGAAAUCAAAGCUAUGCAACCACACAAAGGUUUUGUACAUGACAGACCACAUGCUUUUAAAUGAGUGUUUAAAAGAUCCAUCGUUGAUGAAUUAUUCUUGUAUAGUGAUUGACGAGGCACAUGAAAGAAGCGUGUAUACAGAUCUUUUGCUUGGUAUGAUAAAGAAAUGUUUGCCCCAGCGACCAGAACUCCGUGUUGUAGUUACUUCUGCAACCAUUGAUCCUGAAGUUUUUGUGCGAUACUUUGGUGGACCAGACAUAUGUCCUGUCCUGAAGGUCUCUGGGCGUAUGUUUCCUGUUGAGAUUGAGUGGCUUAAGAUUUCUUAUGGCCCUGAGGUAGCUGAUGAAUACGAAAUAAAAGCCAUUGAAAAAGCAGCAGAGAUUCAUAAAUCCGAACCUCCUGGAGAUAUUUUGGUGUUUUUAACUUCACAAGUUGAAAUUGAACAAUGUGCUGAGAAACUUGAGACAUUGCUCCGAGGAAAGAAAGAUCAUUGGAUACUUCCUUUACAUGGGAAACUUCAAACAGAUGAACAGAAUUUGGUAUUUAAGUGUGCUUCAAAGGGAAGACGAAAAAUUGUACUGGCUACUAAUGUAGCGGAGACAUCUGUGACAAUUCCAGGAAUAAAGUAUGUUGUCGAUACUGGAGCUGUGAAAGAACUCUCAUAUGACCCAAAGAAGAAAGUAAGUGCAUUGCGCAUUGCAAAGGUCACCAAAAGUUCCGCUGACCAAAGAAAAGGAAGGGCAGGAAGAACAGGUCCAGGAAAAUGUUACAGGAUAUAUUCUCAAGAAGAUUAUGAUGCAAUGUUGCCGACUUCUAUUCCAGAAAUACAAAAGAUACAUUUGGGUCAUGCGAUCCUGAAGCUGUUACAACUAGAUGUUGACCCCCUAGAAUUUGACUUUGUACAAGCACCAGAAAAAAUUUCUAUGGAAAAUGCUUUUCAGCACCUUACUAAGCUUGGUGCAAUCGAAGGGGGGAAAAUUGCUCCAUUGGGGAGAUGGAUUGCAAAGCUUCCAUUUGAACCUAAUUUAAGCGUACUCGUUCAUGACUCAAUAGACCACAAUGUUGGAUUAGAGGGAAUAAUCAUUGCAGCGUCAUGCACAGUAGCAGGAUCCUUGUUUUAUCGAGGAGGUACGAAAGAACAAAAAGAAACAUCGGACAAACAUAAAGUUCCGUUCUGUCAUAAACAUGGAGAUCAUUUCACAAAUCUUAAUGUUUUUAAAGAAUGGAACGCAGUUCAUGAAAAACAAAAAGGAAAGUGGUGCAGAGAUAAUUCAAUCAACGGGAAAGCUAUGCGGAGCAUUCGUGAUUGUGCAAACGAAAUUUUACAUAUUUUGAAAAAAGAUUUGGACAUCCACAUCAAAUUCGAAUUUACUGAUACUCAUGUUGAAAGAAUUUUGCAGAGACUAUUGUUCAGAUCUUUCCAGACCAACCUGUGUCAUUAUCUUGGUCACGAGAAAGCCGGAUACUACUUCAUAGACAAAAAUCAGCAAGUAAUUAUGCACCCUUCGUCUGCAUUCCAGUCAUUAGCAUCUUUUCCGAAGUGGGUUAUUGUUGAGAGAGUAAUGCAAACAUCGCGAGAUUUUGCUUUAAAUAUAACAGCCGUUGCUGAUGAAGAUGUCGAAGAAGCGCUAGUGGAUGGUUCAUUAGAUUUUGACAUUGAAGACGUAGAAAGUAGGCGUGUUGCCCCUAUCCUAACAGAAUACGUUGGCACUCAUGGUCAUAGAGAAUUUGUAGGUCCACGAUACAGCAAAGUGAGAGCUAUGCAAGAAAAUCUUUCAGUGCAGUGUACAAAUUCAGUGUUCGUGAUUGACGCAGAUCGGGAUAAAGGAGAAAUUUCAAUUUAUGCACCAGUAAACACUAAGGACAUUUCAACGUGUACACUGAAAACUGCCAUAGACCCAAUCAAAGAAAGAAUUCGAUCAGAAACCGUAGAGCACCCAGUGUUGCAAGAUUUUCAGAAUGUACGAAUAUCCAUUGGUGCUGGAGGCCAAACCAAAGAAUUACUCUAUCAGGAUGAAUACAAAAAUGUUUUUGUUUUUGGCGAUCCCUCGUCAUUUGGAUCAAACGAUGAAAUGAAACAAUGGUUUGAAAAAUUUGGGCGUAUCCAUUCGUAUAUCCCCAAGUCGCCAAAAAAUGACAAUGCCCGUUACCUUGGUCAGAUUAUUUAUGAAAAAUCUGAAUGCGCACGGAAUGCAGUUAUUGCUACUAGAAGAAACGAAUUUGAAUUCUCUGCAAAACCCCCAAAAGGAAUAGGGAAAUCGGAAGAAGCUGAUUUACUGAAAGCUAGGCUUACUUGGUGUAGACGGAGAUCUCGUGGCUUUGGAUUUGUAGAGAUUCUUAACAAAGACAAAUUAGAUGAGAUCAUAAUAACUAGUGCUCUAAACAAUAUAACUGUAGGUGGAAAACGAGUUAGAGUGAAACCAGCCAGGAACGAAAUGAACCCAGAUGAGGAAAAAAACGAGUUGCAUGUAUCAGGUCUUGGUGAUCUCGUAAAUGAAGACAUUUUGCGAGAGAGUUUCUUCCACCACUUCGAUAUUUCAGAAAAUGACAUAGGAAAAGUUAAUGUCAUACGAGAAAGAGUAAAUACCACACCAGAGAUGAUGUUUGCGUUUAAAACGAAACUACAGUCUGCUUUCAGAAAAUAUAUAAAGCAAAACAUGUUUUUUGUGUCUGUGGUUGAACCCAAACCUGCUGAUUUUACAUACCAAGCCUUUGUUUCUUUUAAAGAUCCCGAAGAAGGCUUUGAUGCGUGUUCCAUGCUUAAAAAUAACCUUUUUAUCGGAGAAAACGCAGUAACAGUUUCUCCUGAGAUCAAGACCCGACUCUUUAUACUCGCACCAGUCUAUGCGCGAGUACAAAAAGAAAUUGAGAAAUACUGUGAAAAAAUAAAAACGGAAGACGGAGGGAGAAGACUCACAAUAAAGCAGUUGAAGAAUGAAAACUUUGCUAUUGAUAUUGACGCCGAUAGCAUUGAAAAUAUGGUUCACACAAGAAACAAGGUACAAAACAUGCUUGAAGGUGAAACAGUAGACUUGGAAAGGAUUCCGACACUUCGUUAUCUUUUCACUGGAGAUGGACAGACUAAAGUUGGAAAGAUAAUGAAGAAGACUAAUACACUGAUUUUGUUGGAUCACAGAAAUACUUCCCUGUCAAUUCAUGGAAAAAUGAAAGAGAGAGAGAUGGCGAUAAGAAAGAUUGAAAAGUACGUAGGGAAACUGUCUUCCUCGAAAUUGCGAGUGUACGACUUAAAGGGCGAAACAAAGCCACCGGGGUUGAUGAAGGUUGUGAUAAUGAUGCACGGGGUGAAUCUUAAAGGUCUGAAAGAGUUAUCAGAGUUAUCGACUGUAGAGUUGGACCACAGAAGUCAUAGGAUAAGGAUGUUAGGGUCUGAUGAAGCAGUUGAUAAAGCAGUAGCAGAAAUCGAUGGUUUAAUGAACCACCUGCGAGAAAAAUGUAAUAUCCCAAACUCAAAUCAGCCCGAAUGUGGAAUAUGUCUUUGUGAAAUAUCUGAAACAGAAAUAUAUAGGUUGGAAUCAUGUGGGCAUCCUUAUUGCAGGGAUUGCAUAAAGAUGAAUAUAGAAUCAGCAAUGCAAAACAAAGAUUUCCCCCUUAAAUGCUGCCACGAUGAAUGCGAGAUGCUUUGGGCAUGGAAAGAUUUUGUCAAUAUGACAAAACAAGGGUUCUGCAAUCUUCAGAACAUCAUAACUUCAUCGCUGUCUUGUUUUGUGAGAGAAAAUAAAGACAAAGCGCGAUAUUGCAUAACUCCAGAUUGCCCUAUGGUCUACAAGGUCAGUGCAACAGGGGGAAGAAUUGUUUGUGGAGUUUGUAGAGUUGGUAUGUGUAACAAAUGCCAUGUCGAAUACCAUAAUGGAAUGUCUUGUGCAAUGUACCAAAUGGAAAAUGGAAAUGAUGGAUCGGGUCUGCGGGAAUGGAUGCGGCGAGAUCCAAAUAACCGAAAACUGUGUCCAAACUGUUUUGCAGGAAUCGAGAAGACUGGUGGUUGUCAGCAUAUGGAAUGUCGAGAUUGCAAGGUACACAUUUGUUGGACAUGCAUGAAAUUUUUCAGCUCUGGACCACAGUGUUAUGGUCAUAUGGAUAAAGAACAUGGGAGUUUUAUGUAAGGACGGGACUUUAUAUGUUAAUAAUGUAUAUUUAAUAUUUAAGAAUUGCCUAAUAACGGUAAAUGAAACCAGUGUGAUUGCGUGCACAUUUAAACUUGUGUGAUUUAUUUAUAUAUAUAAUGAAUUGUGGUUCAGUAUAUACAUGUAUAUUUGUUGUGGGAAGAAUUACAAUAUGUGAUAGUAUAUUUAUUUUCUUCUUAUACACUGUUAUUUUGUUUUGAAGAUUCUCUGUUCAGUCUAAUGAAUUUGACGUUUUUGAAAAUGUCUGAAAAAAUGUGGAAUUUGAUUCAACCUAGUUGUUUACAGAAUGUUCAAUUAAAUACAACCGUAUUUCUGAGUAAUUAAAAUAUGAAAUAUUCCCUCUUGUGUUAAUAAUUGCUUGCUGUUAAGUGUUAAAUAAAGUUUUGGAAAUUUUCA